AUGCAAAAGAGGCUGUUAAGCUACGAGUGUCCGUACGGCCAAGCAUUGCCACUCGACGUGACCUGGCCAGCUGUCCCUGAAGAGCUCACAGAGAUGGUGGAGCCCUUCACCAUCCUCAAGUUCUUUGCCGUGGAGGGGCCCCCAGCAAUUGCGAUGCGACCUAUCCUGUGUCCUGAUGCGCUGCGGGGAGGUCUACGCGUACUUGCCCUGGAUCCCCGUUCCUCGGCUGCGGUAAGAGUUCGCACUGCCGUCCAAUACGUCGACUGCAGGUCCGAGUUCCGGGUCCUUCUUGUCUGCAUGCUGCAGCUUCUGCAGCUGUCUCGGAUCAUGCACCUACAAAUUCAUGACAGCGCGCCCGCGAGCUACAGGAUAUGA